AUCAUAAUCCUAAAAUAUUAAUUUUUUCAUUCGAAAAAAAUUUGAUAAAAUUUGAAAUUAAAUUAAAAAACAAUUAAAAUGAAAGUGAUUUUGAUUAUGAUUGUUGCAGUUGUCUAUGCUGAGGCUUUACAUACCAAAGAAAACGCUCAAUUAAUUCAGGAAAAUCUGAAGAAAUGUGGUGAGGAAUUAGGUAUUGAUGUGACUCCAUUGACACCUGGUCCAAAACUUGAUUUUUCUAUAAUGGAUGAUGAAAAAUACAAAUGUUUGCCAAAAUGUUUCUUGGAGAAGUUUGGUUUUAUUGAUGCUAGUGGUAAUUAUCAGCCUGAGAAAGUGAAAGAGGUUAUUCCUGAUUUACCUGCUGAAAUUACUGCAAUCAGUGAUGCUUGUGUUAAGCAACAUACUGAGGAUGAUUUGUGUACGCGAUUUAUGGGUGUGCACAAAUGUUUGAUGGAUAAAUUUACGCAUUAAUUGAGUUGAUCAGAUUCAUCCUAGUCCUGAUUUUAUGUUUGUUUAAAAAUGCUUUGUUUUAAUAAAUAUGUGAAUUAAUUGCAA